UAAACGUCAUUUAACCAUAACGUAAACAAAAAAGGAUGAUGUUCAAGUAAAAAUGACCUGCGAAGUUCAUGUGACAGCAAAAAUACAGGAUACUGAGUCCAUCAAAAGAUAUUUAUUUCCCACAGAUAAUAACGGAGGAGGUGAAGAAUGGUUGCAAACAUCGAAAUUGUCUAUUUCACCUGCUGGUGAUCUUAUAGCAAUAGGCAAUGACAGACGAUUAAUAGUACUAACAUCAAAAUGGGAUUCUGAAGCGGAUAUAAGUCAAUUUUAUGUUACGUUUUCAAAAAUUGUACAUGAAUAUGAUAAUAUAAAGGCAAUUCUGUGUACACCUGUAGUGGGAAUAAAAGACAGUACACAUGUGGGACCUGAUUGGACCUGUAUUUUGAUUGGAUAUGAUUCAGGGUAUAUGAGGUUUUAUACAGAAAACGGUGAUUUAUUAUUCGAAGAACAGUUUCAUAAUGAGAAUAUUAACUGUAUAACAUGUCAAAGCCAACAUAAUCCUAGACCUGAUGUAUCUUCCGAAUUAUAUCCUGAAGAAAUUUACAUACAGUACCAGAGCAAUGUUGCUGUAAUUGGUGGAUACGAACUCUUUACAAAUUUAAGGAAAUGUAGAAGUCAACUAGCAAUAGCUCAAGCCCAAGGAAAUCACUCAGCAACUUCUCAAGAUUUUCAGCAACUACCAUUAAAUAUUAAGAAACUGGGAUUUUUAGACCAAAGUAUUGUCAAUGAUGUAGCAGUUGUUGGUUUGAAUCUUUGUAGCAAUUUUGAUCAUUUAUUAGUAGCAUCAAAUUGUGGUGGUUUUGAAGCCAAAUACAGGUCAACAUCUCCUCAUAGUUCUUUAGUACUAGCUGCUGGAUCCAAACCAUUCUUGGGUUAUCAUUAUGCACUGGAUGGAAUAAAUCAACCUGUCCUUGGAGAUGUUGCUAAGGCAGUUGCAAAUAAAGUAAAGUCAGCACUACCCACCUGGUUAACUGGGAGCAACACCCAAACUGAAAAAGAAAAGUCAGCUAGCAUGCAACCAAUAGAGUCAAUGGGCUGUCGAUUUGGACUCUGCGAUUUACAAAGAACAGCACAUGAUAUAAUUUUGUCACCAAAUCGUGAACUCUCUGCAAUAACUGACUUGUUGGGGAGAGUUAUUCUGGUUGAUUCCUUUAGAGGAACUGCCAUAAAAAUUUUCAAAGGCUAUAGAGAUGCGCAAUGUGCUUUUAUUCAAGUUCCUGACAUACGAAAAUCAAAACACAAGUUAGGGAAUAAAGUGGCUCAUUUCAUGGUCGUUUAUGCCCCAAAAAAAGGUACUUUGGAAAUAUUUUCCGUCCAACGUGGUGAUAAGUUAGCUACCUUUUCUGCAUCAAGAUUUAGCAGGCUAAUGUAUAUUACUUAUGGACUUAUGGGUUUUACUAAAACAUCUAAGUUAAAAUAUGUGUGCCCAUUUUCUUGUAUAUUUAUGGACAAUGAUGGGAAAAUGAAGGAAAUAUUAAUUCCAUUUCAUUUGUCUCUUAACGAAAGGAAUAAUAAGAGGGCGCGAGAUAUCCACCUUUACAAAAAGUUAAAAGAAAUAAUUAACGCAAGUGAUUUUAUGGAUGAAAAAUUAAAUGAUGAAAUAUGUAGUACCUGUUGUGAAAUAAAAACUAUCGAAGUUAGUUAUCAAACACUAGAAAUGAUUUUAAGUCGUAAACAAGUUGGUGCCUCACUGAUGACCAAAUGUGCGGAAAUCUUCCUAACAAAUGUGGAAGGAAAUGGUAAAAAUUUGGAAAAAUUGCAUUCAGAUGAGAAAGAAAGAAAUCUUAGAUUUAUCUGUCAAAACGUAAAAAAGAUGUUAAACCUAUAUUUAUAUUUAAUAAAAUGUGAUAACAAGGAUGACGGCAAUGAAUUAGAGUCUUCAGCGUUGGAUUUAAAAGUUGUGGAAUUAGAAAAGCUUCAAAGAUUAUUUGAUUUGACAACGAAUAAUAAUCAAAAAAACUUUAAAAUUUCCCACGUCAGGUUUUCAGGUGAAGCGCUCUUGACUGUGUCAGAUUUUAUACAAUCUUUUGAUUUGAAUAAAGGUGGAGAAAUAAGAGUUAAAAAACACCUGGAUGAAAGCAUAAAAUUUCAAAUAGCUGAAGUGCUUUUUGGGCCAUAUAUAACAAGCGAGUGGAAAAAUUAUAGUGUUUUGCAAUACCAAAUACUCCAAAGUACGGUAUCUGUUGCAGAUAUUCUUGAUUUGCUAAUUAAUUAUUGGAUUAAUCGAGCUUUAACCAUAAAUAUUAAUUUAGAAAAAGAGAUGAAUUCAUUCCUGUUGCUCACUUCAACUUUGGUUAAGUGUUUAGAUUGUGAAAUAGUGAAGAUUGAAUAUAAUUCAAUCUCACCAUUUUGGGAAAAAAUAAGAGAAAUUUUGGAAAAUUCGCCGAGACCAUUUCCUGCAUUAAUGGCAGCCAUAUUGUUCCGAACUGUUGCCAAACAAUAUGAACUAGAAAAAACCGAAGAAGAGAACAUUGAAGUGUUAUCGCAGGAAAAUGUUAAAUGGUCGCUUUUGAUAGGUAGGCUAGAAGAUGUGUCAACUUUAAAUAUUAUCAUAUCAAAUAAGGCUCUAACUAACCACUCAGUGCUUCCAAAACUGAAACACAAAAAAGUUGAAAUUAGUUUAAAAUACAUUUUACAAGGUGGUAAAGGGUCGGUUAGUGAAUGCGUGGCGCAGUGGUUAACAUUAGCCGGAACAGAUCCAGAGGAAAUAGCAAUUAACGAAAUUAUUUCUCACAAUGGCGAUAUAAGCGACAAUAAAAGUAACCAUUUGCAAAUUCCUAAUGGAAUUAAUUCAGAUAAAAUAGAUCAAGUUAAGUCAAGUGAAACUUUUAAAUAUUUGAACAUACUAAGAAGACAAUUUCCAUAUAGUCUAGAAGCGAGCUCACUUAUAGGAAACAUGUGCUGGGAAUAUGCUCUUGCUUGGCGAAAUGAUAUAACAAUGUUAGAAAAUUUAGAAGCAGCAAUAAGCUGUUUAAACUGGGUUACAAAUUGUCGCUUAAAUAUUGGUCUACAUCAGCUCUUGUGGAACACUCACUUAAAAAUGGUGGUUGAAAAUGCCUGCAAACUUAUUAAUAAAGUUGGGAAGUUGCCCAAAGAACGAUUGUGCCAGCAGGACACAGGUCUUACAGAUAAACAAAUAACUACUUUUAUAAGUAUCUGUGUAGUUUUUUUGGAAUCAUUUAUGGAUCUUGCUCAAGGAGAUAUUGUUGGCAACGAAGCAGAUUUAAAAUAUGAAGACAUGUGGGAGAGUGGAUGCAACCAGUCUCUAGUAGAAUUAGCAUGUGAACGAAAGUAUCUAGAUUGCAAUUUAUUGGACCAUCAAUAUCAACUACUUUUGAUCCUGCACAUGAUCACAAAACUUUCUCUUAAGCAUUCCAAGCCUGUUAAUAAUUUAUUUGAAACCUCAAUAUCCAGCUUACUUUUUGAAGAUUUGCAGAAAAGAGUGGACAUAAAUUGGAAUAAAUCUGACGUUAGAACUAAUUCUUCAAGGUUUCAGUUUCUAUAUAAGGUAAUUUCUGCAAGUUUAGAUACUGUUACAGUUGAUGAUGAAGGAAAUUUGUAUUCUAAGGACCAUGUAAAUUGGAUGCAACAAUGUUUAAUAUUAGCAAGGAAGUGGAAUUUGGAAAUUGACAAAUUAAGAAGGUAUCAAAUUGUGCAACUUUAUAUGAAUGGUUUUGACUUAAUGGCCGGAGAACUUAUAUCAACUGUUAGUGAUACCAAUGAGUUAGGUUCAGAACUGUUGAUCGUUGCUGGAAGACGACUUUCCCAAUUUCUAGUAAAUUCACCAAACUUGAGUCAGAACAUUACAGCGCUAAGUCCAAUAUUAAAUAAAUAUUUAGAGCAAUUAAAGGAUAAUUGGUGCGCUCCAAGUAGUUUAUCCUUUUUGAAAAUCCUAACAACUAGAAUUCUUCAAUGCUUAGAUGAAGAUCAUAAAGACUAUAAAAUCGCGGAGUUACUUUUGGAAACCUGUUCUACACUAGAGAAUUUUUACUCCGAACUGUAGUAUAGCUCUAAUGUUUAUUAAAACACCAAUGUGAUCCUAGUUUUUAUGAUUACCUUAAGUCAUAGGAUAGUAAAGAUGUAGUGGUUUUAUUAUUAUUGUAUAAAUUGUUUUACACUGUCAAAAGGUGCAUAAACUGAAUAUAAAUAAAUCUUAUUUACAUUUGUUUUUA